CUCCGGACGUGCGGGCUUAAUUUAUAGGAAGGAUACCGUUAUAGGACGGAGAAUGUUUUUCACACCGACAACAUUUCAGAUACGGUUUUUUUAAUCAUUUGUACUAUAAUGUAAUGAAUAUCAGAGUACUCGUCUUUUCUGAUUUUGGCCUCGUCCUUUAUUUUGUCCUCUGAUCGGACUGACGUUUUUUCCCUGCUGUUUAUAACAUACAGCCAAGAAUAACACAGAAUGUGGUACAGGAGUGAUUUAGAAGACGGAUACGAGUCUACUAAAACAGGCUCCAGUGGCGGUGGAUCUCCAGGAUGGGUUCCUGGCCAUGAAUCAGCCUGGCACAGUAACCCUCCUGGUCCUGGGAACAGUAUCUGUGGUGGGCGCAGACACAGCACGGUGUCUGACAGUGGGGACACUGGCAUUGGCACAUACUGCUCUGACAGCGUGGAAGACGACUCCAGUUCCAGUACCACGCCUCUAUCCUUCCAGCCGCUGUCCCAGCAUCACUUGGGCCAGGAUGAUAGCGCCGUCCCUUUUGUCCACGUCAUGCUGUCCCCGUCCUCCUCACCCUACACCAGUUUUAGAGUUCCAGCCUCACCCAGCAGCUCAGGUCGUUGGAGCAGGUCUUGCCAGCUGCUUACACCAGCCAUAUCUCCCCUGGGUGCACCAAGCUGUCUGGACAUGAAGGACCACCAGCCCAUCAGGAGGUGGUCCUCCCUCACCAAGUUGUCAUCUGGGGCUGAUAAAAGCUCCACUAGGACAUCAUGUGAUCAGUACAAUGCAGAUUCACAUGGCUCCCUGGACAGAAAUCUGCUCUAUGGGUAUAAAAAAGAGCCUGCUCGGGCAAACGUGGACCUUUAUCUGCCUUUAUCCUCUUCCAUGCUCUGCCACAGCCUGCUGCAGCGCUCACCAGGAGCUGGCCCCUGCUACCGGUACAACCACAGCAGUAGAUCCAGCGGUUUGGACACAGACAUGUCCCUUUCCUCAGCUCUGUCAUCUUCAGUCAAGCACAGCAGUUUGGACAUGAACUACAGUGCUUUACCAGAAGCUAAACUGUCUCGUGGAGGUACACAGGUUUAUGGCCUCAGCUUACCCAAACAAGCAGACUCUCCACUGGGUCAUCAGACUGACAGAGGCUCCCCGAUUCAGCCCUCAGUCCGCACCCAGAUGUGGCUGACUGAGCAGAUGGAGUACAGACCCAAAGGAGAGAGUGUAGGAGGUCAGAUCAGUACUGCUGGGACAGAGGCCUGCGGCGGAGAUGGACCGUUAUCAUGUCAGCAAGGACAUCAGCAGGAACCAGGGCUUAGUCAGAUGCUGAUGGGGAGCUCCCUUCCAGUCAACACUCUGGUGAAAGUUAAAGAGGGGCUGUUGAGACAGAGAGAGCUGGAGAUAGAGAGACAGAAGCAGCAGAUCUUGCAGCUCCACGCUCGGAUCAGAGAGAAUGAGCUCAGAGCUCAGCAGGUCCUGCAGAGCCAGAGAGGAUGGUUCGAUGAGCCACACAUCCCAAGUACUAAGGAAUCAGCGAUGAGAACACCAUGCAAACAGCCGUCUGACAGGCUGUGCUGUGAUGAAGAUCUUGGUAGGAAGCUGGCAGUGGCUGAACUGGAAGUUCUUCAUUUGAACGAGUUCUUCAAGCAAGCCACACAAAAAUACACAGAGGACAUCAGGAAACUGGAGGAGAAGAUAAAGACGAGGGAUCGUUACAUCAGCAGUCUGAAGAAGAAGUGUCAGAGGGAGAGCCAACAGAACCAAGAAAAACAGCAACGCAUAGAGACACUGGAGAAAUACCUGUCUGACCUGCCGACACUGGAUGAGGUGCAGGCCCAGGCCCAGCAGCAGGAGGAGGUGCAACAGAAAGCCAAGGAUCUGGAAAAAACAGCAUCUCGCUUACAACAGAGCCUAGAAGAAGGGUUUGCUCUGAUGAAGGAGAAAGACAUCAGCAUUGAAAUGCAGGCCAUGAGGGAGAAGGAGCUGAUGGCAUCUGUACAAAGCCUGCAGCAGAAGGUGCAGCACUGCUUGGACGAUGGGGUGAGGUUGCCCAUGCAGGACCUGAAGCGGCUUGAGAUGGAAAACACUCAACUCCUGGAGCAGCAAAACCACAGCAGCAGGCUGAUCGAGCACCAGAAAGAGCGGAUAGAGAGGCUGACCUUGCAGCUUACGGCCACCAGUACAAGACUGCAAAAAAAGAAAGGUCUCUCUCAUCGACAGCAGUCCUCUCUGGAAAAGGAGGACAACCUGACCCCCACAUCCAGAGCCUUACCACAGCAGCGACAGGUGGAUGAAGGGCUGCCGGUGAGUCCCUUGUCCCAUGUGGAGAUGCCUGAAGUGGGCCGGCUGCUCAAAGAGAUGUCCCUGUGUUUACUGGACCUCCAGGCUCUCUGCAGCAUCCUGGCUCAGAGAGCACAGGGCAAAGAGCCCAACCUGUCUCUGCUUCUGGGCAUGAAAUCACUGAGUGUUUCGGCGGAGGAGAGUGACAGCAGAGAGGUGGUGGAAGAAGAACUGCGGUUUAAGCUGCUGGAGGUGGGCCAGCUCAGGAGAGACAUCGAUGAGCUGAGGAAAAGCAUCUCAGACCGCUACGCUCAGUAUAUGGGUGACAGCUGUGUCUCACAGUGACACCCAGGAGCCUCCAGCUCUGAUGGCUCAGUGUUUGUUUUGACUCUUUUACUUCCAUAUACUUCAGAGAUAACCACAUCAAGAUUAAUAAUAAUAAUAUAUUUACUAUAACAAGAAUGAUAAGGUCCAUAACAAUGCAGGCUUUCCACAGACAAGUGAUGUGUGUCGUCUUCAUGAUGUGGUUUGUACAUGAUAACGCAUAGUGUUAACAUGUCAUGUAAGCCAGUCAUGUUGUUCAGCCUACCCUCAAUAUGGCGUUGUUGGCCUUCACAUUUAUUUUGUUGUGCGCCAGAGCUCGCCCAAAGUGAACCACAAACCUCAGUUUGGUGUUGGACUCAGGACCAGUUUUCUGUAUCACACCAGUUCACAACUUUAAUAUAUCAAACAUACCAAACUUUCCUGGGUAAAAGCCUCGGAUCCAGAAAGAACUUUAAAAUUAGCCUAAGUGUGAAGACAUCUUCCAACAGUGAACUGCCAGUAACUACACAACUGAAGGAAAGCCUGUUGAGAGAGAUGAGGUGUUAGGUCAGACUGGUUUUCUAAACUCAUCUGCUAUGAGUCCUCCAUCCCAUUCGACCACAAAGGUCAUAUGUUCCUACCUCUGAAUAUGACCCACAGGACCAUGGGUAACUUCGUGGUUAGAUUCAGGAAAAAGAUCAUGGUUUGACUUAAAAUAAGUAUUACUGUUACUAAAAAAAGACCUGCAGUCUUUUUUAUAUCUAUUUGUAUGUCAUGUGACACAGUCCUGCACAGGUCCAUUUUUUAAAACCCUCACCUGCCCAUACCUGUAAAGCUCAGUACCAGAACCGACCCAUUACCUGUCAUUAUGUCAAAGUCAAAGCCGCACCCGCCCAUACCCGUUACUAAAAGUCCUGCGACCCAACCCGCACCUGUGAUUAAACACACACAGGCUACAGUCACUCCCAUUAAGCUGGAUGGAGGAAAAUUCUCUUUGGCUGCACUCAAUGGUGGGAUGGUGAAAACAUUCUGUGCAAUCACUACCAGGUAAGAAAACAUUUUAGCAUGCUCCUUCCACCACCAUAAAACCUCAAAAGGAUCCUCCUUGGGAGUCUUGAACUUGUUGUAGGCUGCCACCAUAUACUGCGGCCAUUGGGGCCAUAUUGCGGCUUGAUAAUAGUAAUUUAGAUGUCAAAAUAUUACACAUAUACUGCACAUCUUUUUCAUUAGUUUUAUUAUGAAAAGUUACACAGCUUUUUGAGGGUUACCCCAACCCGGUGCAGGACUUCUGAUGUGACAUCUGAUGUAACGUCAUCACACACCUGUCAUAUGUGCUACAUUAAUAAUAAUAACUGAACGCUGACUUUUAGUUUCACACGGGACACAAACACCCAUCUCCUGGAUGAAAGUCCAGUGCAGCAGACUUUGAAGCUCUUAUUGCUAAGCCACCUGACUUCUUCCUCUGCUCCUGUAGUAAUUACUAUGGCCACUAGAGGUCGCCUCCUAGCAACAAACACAGUUAUGAGCUGCAAUUUCUGCUUGUGAAAACAACCUAUGUGGUUGUAUUUUGAACAACUCAAUAUUUUUAAGUUGACAAUGGAUCAAAUUAUCUGUAAUAAAAAAGGUGUUGCUUGUAGUGAUGAACAAAGUGAAUGAAUUCAAACUGUGCAGUUCAGCUCAGCUUUAUGGAACGUUUUAUUUGUAGCUGUGUAUAUAAGCAAUUGUUAUAAGGUGAUAUGUGAAUAUUGUAUUUACAGCUUGUUAUGCUGCCCCCAAGUGGCCCAAAAAUUUGUUAAUUUCUAUGAAUACUACAAGCUUGCAUUGCUUGUUAAUAAGCUUAAAUAAGCAGAGAAAUUAUGGAACGCAGAAGGGCUUUAAACAUCUAUUUUGACGUUUAAUAAUUGAUAAGUCAAAUUUGUUUGUCUUAACAGGUAAAAAUAUAACGUCUUAACACGUCAAAUGCAUGUUAAGAGGACAGGAAAUGCCUUGUUAACAAGUACAUUUCUGACCUUUAAAACAGUCAAGCUUCUAUGCCAUUGGUUGACAUUAACAUACCCACCCCUUUAUGAUGUAGCAACUGCAUUCUAGUGAUAAGAUUUCUCUUUCACUUGUGAGAUUGCAUCACGUGAUCUAGAUGUUGUAACAGACCCAGAAUAGACUCUGCAGAUGUAAAGUUUGGCCAUAGCAAAGCCCUUUAUAAACAAGCCUGUCAAUACAAGCAAGUGCUAGCGAGGGUGCUCAUCAACACGACGUGAAUACAGUGUCAUGGUCGCGCACACACAAACAUUCACAAAACAGUCCAGAACAUGUCCCAUUCGUACCAGAAUAACCAACAACCUCCCCUUAUCCCAAAACACGGCCAAAGGGGCUCUCAAUAACAAGUUUAAAUUCUAAAUUCAGACUUUUUCCAGCGUGUCCGAACUGCAUGCUGGAUAACAUGUAAACUAGCUGCCUGGCGUCACGCCCAGAGUAAAUUAAAUCAAAGAAACAAAGAAAUUAGGAAGUGGCUCGUUCACUCUAAAGAGCCGGUUCACUCCUUCACUUCAAAAAGCCGGUUCAAAGACUUGACUCACCUUUGGACUCUAGCCUCUGUCGCUGAACUGGAACUGUUGUUUUCCUGUUUUAACAGUACAGAACAAUACACGCAGACGGCAUGCUAAUCCUCUUUUCUGGAGCGAUUAGGAAAUAAAACAUGUGGAACACACCACCAGUUGUACCUCAGACAAUAUAACAUGAUCAUACCUCUGAUCAUCUCUGACAGCCAUCUCAAGGCAUUGGUUGUUUUCCUUUUUAACCAAGUGCGUUAGCAAUUAGCUUGCCUUGCUCCGUUAGCACAUUGUUAAAUUUAACAGAGAGUGAGCUAGCUCACGGUAAACAGCUACUCCAAAAAGAUGAUUUAUGAUUUCUUAUGACUCAUGAACAGACAGUAACACGAGGCAAACAAUUUACAUAAUUCUUAAUUUCAGCUCCAUGUAAAGUGAACAAACGUGACGUUUACCAGAUAACGCUCCGCUUGUCUGCCUUAAUGACACAGUUUACACAUUUACAUCACUGCUGACUUAAUAAAUCGGCGUUCUGCCGAGUGAAACAUGACACUGAAUUCAGCAGCAGACCUCAGUAAUAUCAGUAACAUAAAGUCGUAAAACAAAUAACUUUCGGCAUUCAUUUCAUUUGAUAUUGAAUAAUGAUGGCAAAUCAGUAACACACUCAGAAUAAAUUCAACACUAUGCCCAAUGUACUCUAAUUUAAUUCUGCCCUUUUUGUUCAACAAAAGGUUGAAAGCACACUGAUUUGCAAUUCUUUGAGCCUCUCCAAGAGCGCCUUCUAGUGGGCUCAGAAAAUAAAUAAAUUGCUUCAUGAGGCUUCAUGAGGCCAUCACUAUAUUAAACAUCUUAAGACAUCAGAAAUGUACUUGUUAACAGGGCAUUUUCUGUCAUCUUAAGGUGCAUUUGAUGUGUGGAGAUGUUUUAUUUGUACCUGUUAAGAUGAACAAAUUUACCUUAUUAAUACGAAUGUUAAAAUAGACAUUUAGAGCCCUUCCACAUUCCAUAAUGAAAUCCCACCUCAGCUAUGUGGAUCUCAUGCAUCUCUCCUGUUGGUGGUGCGUAUCAGACUUGCAGAUGUCGGAUAACUGUUAGAAACUUUUAUCUUUAUAAAUUUUAAUGUCUUAAAAGCAAUAUGAAGUGUGCAGAUGCUCUGUCAACCACCUGAUUAAAGCUAACCAUAGGACCCUUGAAUAAUCAAUGGGCAGUUUAUAUUUAACUAAUAACUCAUCAGGUGAUACAAAGCUGUUCCAAGAGGUGUUAUUUUACAGUGAUCAUGUCAUAUAUCAUUUGUCAUCUGUCACUUGUUAAAUGCUUAUUGUUUCCAAAAUUGUUGGGGGAAUUUUGAGCCAAAGACGCUGAAAGAGCAAACUGAAACAGCACAAUGCACUUUGUGAUAGAUUUUGUCUUCUGUGCAACCACACAGGUAACUAAGCUUAAUCUAUCACACAAACAAACUGACAUUUUUUGUCCAUGUGAUUUAAUAAUAUUGAAGUAGUAUAACCAACCGUGAAAACCAAACCAAAGAUCUGUUUGGUUAUUUAGAUGAGUCCACCUGUGGAUGUUUGAACAAGCCACUGGAUGGCUUGUUACUCUGUAUAAGAUAUUACUCUUUGUUUGAUAUUAUUUCAGUUUCAAUGAAUGCCAAAGGUCUGUGUUUUGUUUUUCUUUGUUCAGAUGGCAAAUAAAAUUAUUUUUCUAAA